AGGGUGUGGAGAACAGGGCUUCCCGUCCGCUCAGCCGUACUUAAGCCACACGCCGGCCGGUUAGUAGUUGGGUGGGUGACCACCAGCGAAUCCCGGCUGUUGUAUGUUUUUCUUUUUUACCAAUGUUUUAUUUAUUUUUUUUUUUUUACUUGUGGUGGAAGUAUAAGGAACCGAAAUGUAGAGCACCUAUCUAUGCUUUAUGUACUUCAAAGAUUAUUGGCAUAUUACGAUAGUCAGUAA